CCCCUCACCACCACCCCCACCCCCUCCCCCCUGGUAAAAUGGCGGCCAUGCAGAAGGCAGCUUCGCCGAUUCACCACCAACAACAACAACAGCAGCAGCAGCUCCACAACAACAACAACAAUGGCCAACAACAGCACCACCACCACCCUCCGCCUCCUCCUCCGCCGCCGCCUCCUCUAUCCCCUCCGCCGACAUCGUCACCAUCGUCGUCGUCUACGACGGCGGCGGCGGCGUCGGCUUCCCCUCACCACCACCUCCAUCACCACCUCCAUCACCACAGUCAGCAGCAGCCGCAACAGCAACAGCAGCAGCAGCAGCUGUUGCAACAGCAGCCGCAGCAGCAGCAGCAGCAGCUGUUGCAGGGCAGAGCGGCGCCGGUACGGAUCGGCUACUACGAGAUCGAGAGAACCAUCGGCAAGGGGAACUUCGCCGUAGUGAAGCUCGCCACCCACAUCAUCACCAGGGCCAAGGUGGCCAUUAAGAUCGUGGACAAGACGCAGCUGGACGAGGAGAACCUCAAGAAGAUCUUCCGCGAGGUCCAAAUCAUGAAGAUGCUCAAGCACCCUCACAUCGUGCGCCUCUACCAGGUGAUGGAGACGGAGAGGAUGAUCUACCUGGUGACGGAGUACGCCAGCGGCGGGGAGAUCUUCGACCACCUGGUGGCGCACGGCAGGAUGGCGGAGAAGGACGCGCGGCGCAAGUUCAAGCAGAUUGUGGCGGCGGUCAACUUCUGCCACUCGCGCCGCGUGGUGCACCGUGACCUCAAGGCCGAGAACCUGCUGCUGGACCACAACCUGAACAUCAAGAUCGCCGAUUUUGGCUUCAGCAACCGCUUCACGCCGGGCCAGCUGCUCAAGACGUGGUGCGGCAGCCCCCCGUACGCAGCGCCCGAACUCUUCGAGGGCAAGGAGUACGAGGGACCCAAGGUGGACAUCUGGUCCCUGGGCGUGGUGCUGUACGUGCUGGUGUGCGGAGCGCUGCCCUUUGACGGGAGCACGCUGCAGAACCUGCGCGCUCGUGUCCUCAGCGGGAAGUUCCGCAUACCCUUCUUCAUGUCCACAGAGUGCGAGCACCUGAUCCGCCACAUGUUGGUGCUGGAGCCCAGCAAGAGGCUGAGCAUGGAGCAGGCCUGCCGGCACAAGUGGAUGAAGUCCGGAGACCCCGACCCCGAGUUCGAUCGGCUCCUGGUGGAGUGCCAGCAGGCGCAGACGGAGCUGGACGCGGAGGAGGUGAACGAGCAGGUGCUCGCACAGAUGGCCUCCAUGCACAUCGACCGCGAUCGCACCGUGCAGUCGCUGCAGACGCAGUCGUACGACCACCACAGCGCCAUCUACUACCUGCUGUGCGACAAAAUGAAGCGCAGCGACAAGCUCAAGAGGGCCCAGCCCUGCCCGGGGCCCUACCAGCCUGCCGCACAGGUCACCGCUCCCAUCCCCGGAGGCGCUCGCCCCGCGGCCCCCCCCCCGGGGGGGCAGCAGCCACCCCCGCAGCCCCCCCAGCCGUGCGUGGAGAGGGGGGGCAGCCCCCUCAUGCUCACCGUGCCGCAGCUGCAGCUCAUCAACCCCGACAACCAGAUUGUGCAAGUGGGGGCCGUGCAGGCCACCAACGGGAUGGAGGGCGGCGUGAGCUUCGACAGCGACGAGGGCGACGAGCCGUCGCCAGAGGCGCUCGCCAGAUACCUGUCCAUGCGCAGACACACGGUGGGGGUGGCCGAGCCCAGGGCGGAGGGAGGAGGGGGGGACGAGCUGCAGAAGCUGCACGGGGGGCCCGGGGGGGUCGGGGUUGGCGGUGGCGGCGUGGGGGGGGGCCUGGGCACCGGGGGGCGCACGCUGCAGCCCCCGCAGCCCUUCCUGGGCGUGGGGGGCGGCGGGGAGGGGGCCGCGCUGCCCUUGCUGCCCUCGCUGUCGCCACACAACACCCCGCUCGAGUACAAGGAGCAGUCCCUGCUGCAGCCCCCCGUGCUGCAGGCUCUGGACGGCGCCAGCCUGGGCCGGCGGGCGUCCGACGGCGGCGCCAACAUCCACAUGCAGGCGCAGCAGCUGCUGAAGCUGCGCCUGGUGGCGCAGAGCCAGGCCAACCCGCGCGGGCCCUCUCCCUCCCCGCUGUGCGGCGUGUCGGUGAUCACGCCGGAGGAGGAUGAGGAGACGUCUGACGAGGAGCCUGACCAGGAGGCCGCACAGAGGUACCUGGCGGCACGAGGCAGCAACAAGCGGCACACGCUGGCGCUCGCCAACCCCGCGGCAGAGGUCUCCGCCGACCUGCAGCGGCAGCUGGCGCAGCAGCCCAUCAAGGGCGGGCGGCGCAGCUCUCAGCUGCUGUCCCCUGAGCAGCAGCUGCAGCAACAGCAGCACUCACGCUACAAGGAGACGAACACACUCUGCAUCCCGUCCGAGCGCUACUCCCCGGUGCGCCGCCUCUCCGACGGCGCCGCCAGCCUGCAGGCCUUCCGCUCGCAGAUGCAGCACUCGUGCGGAUCCACGCUCAACAGCAGCAUCAAGCAGCUGCAGCAGGAGUGCCACCAGCUUGCAGCAGAGGUACUGCACGCCCAUGGACGAGCGCAGCCUCGUGGAGGCUCAGCACCAGCACAAGCUGUUCCACCACCUCCAGGAGUAUUGUGGAUCCCCCCAGGCGAGUCCCCCGCCGGCCCCUCCCCCCCCGAUCACCGUGUCCCCCGCCGGGGGAGGGGCUCUGGGCCCCGAGGUUCCCGCGGUCCUCUCUCACCAGCUGCAGAGAUUGAAGCUGCACACGGCUCAGCCCUCGAGCCCCCCACCCUUCACGUCGGGCGGCACGGGGGGCAGCCCCCCGUCGGCGCACGCGCCGCUCAUGCAGCCGCAGACAUACCCUGGGCCUCUGCAGCAGGUGACAUCCGUCCCGGCCGCAACGGUGGCGUCACUACAGCUGCCACAGCAACAACAGCAACAGCAGCAGCAGCAGCACAAGCCGCUGUUGAAGCAGCUGAGUGCUGACAGUGCAGAGGCUCGCAGUCGCCCAAUCCAAAGGUUUUCUCCCUUGAGUUACGAUCAGACUCACCUCCACCCUCACCUCUACAGCUUCCCUCCCAGCCCUCCCACCACCUCGCGAGCCGUUCAACAACAACAGCAACAGCAGCAGCAACAACAGCAGCAGCAGCAGCAGGCUGUCCCCCCGG